UGGGAGGAGUCCAGUGUGCUUCUGUAUUGUCAUUUGCUGAGAGAAGGUGUGUGCUCAAGAAGGAGUUUAACCUGGAGGAACAUUAACCCUUUUAGCCAGUUGGAGCACAGCAGCUGAGGUGGCUCUGUGAGUUUGUCCUGGAAGUGUCUGCUCAGGAGGGCAGAGAAGGAGUGGCAUCACUUUUUCAUGGGGGACAACAGUGGAAAGGAGCAGAAGGCUGUGCUCAAUGAAGGACAAGAGAAUGAGAUGGAAAUAUUUGGCUAUCGGACUUGCAGCUGCCGGAAAGCCCUCUGUCUUGCUGGAUCCAUCUUGUCCUUGGGUGUCCUCCCCUUGGUGUUUUACUGGAGACCGGCAUGGCACGUUUGGGGAAACUGUGUCCCAUGUUCCUUGCAAGAAGCAGACACAGUUUUACUGAGGACCACAGACGAAUUCCAGACUUACUCUUGGAAAAAGGUAACAUGGGUCCACCUAUCAACAUUAAGCAGCACAUUUGGGCUCACUCCUGGACAUCCCCUGAUUAUAGAUGAGGACUGUAUCAUAAAUAGAGCCAUCCAAAAGCCAGACCUAAAGGUGAGAUGCAUAAAAGUGCAGAAAAUAAGAUAUGUUUGGAAUAAUUUAGAAGGACAGUUCCAAAAAAUUGGCUCUCUGGAAGACUGGCUCAGUUCUGCCAAGAUACACCUAAAAUUUGGAUCAGGCCUAACAAGAGAAGAACAAGAGAUUAGGAGGCUAAUAUGUGGGCCUAAUACUAUUGAUGUUGAAAUCACACCUAUUUGGAAGCUGCUCAGCAAGGAGGUUCUAAAUCCCUUUUACAUAUUUCAACUCUUCAGUGUCUGUUUAUGGUUUAGUGAAGACUACAAGGAAUAUGCUCUUGCCAUCAUACUCAUGUCCAUCAUUUCCAUAUCUUUGACAGUGUAUGACCUCAGACAGCAAUCUGUAAAACUCCACCGUCUAGUUGAAGCACAUAAUAGCAUUACAGUCUCUGUAUGUGAGAGAAAAUCUGGAGUCCGACAGCUGGAGUCACGCUUCUUGGUGCCUGGAGAUUUGUUAAUUUUGACAGGGAACAAAGUGCAAAUGCCGUGUGAUGCCAUCCUGAUCGAUGGCAGCUGUGUGGUAGAUGAAGGCAUGCUGACAGGAGAAAGUAUCCCAGUCACCAAAACUCCAUUACCCAAGACGGAUAGCCCUCUGCCCUGGAAAACACAGAGCGAAGUGGAUUCCAAGCGGCACAUCCUCUUCUGUGGGACAGAAGUGAUCCAGACCAAGGCAGCUUGCUCCAGGAUGGUGAGAGCCGUGGUGCUGCAGACAGGAUUCAACACUGCAAAGGGGGACCUUGUGAGAUCCAUUCUUUACCCCAAAGCAAUGAGUUUUAAGCUCUACAGGGAUGCCAUCAGGUUCCUCCUGUGUCUCGUGGGGACAGCCACCAUUGGCAUGGUCUAUACGCUGUGUGUCUAUGUGCUCAGUGGGGAAUCUCCAGAGGAUGUGGUGAAGAAAGCUCUCGAUGUGAUCACCAUCGCAGUUCCUCCUGCCCUACCUGCUGCCCUGACCACAGGCAUUAUCUAUGCCCAGAGGAGACUGAAGAAGAGGGGCAUCUUCUGUAUCAGUCCUCAGAGGAUCAAUGUAUGUGGACAGUUAAACCUUGUCUGCUUCGACAAGACAGGUACCCUAACUUGUGAUGGCUUGGAUCUCUGGGGAGUUGUGCCUUGUGACAAGAACGGCUUCCAGGAAGUGCACAGCUUUGCUUUGGGCAAGGCUCUGCCAUGGGGCCCCCUGUGUGCAGCCAUGGCCAGCUGCCACUCUCUGAUCCUGCUCGAUGACACCAUCCAGGGGGACCCGCUGGACCUCAAGAUGUUUGAAGCCACUGCCUGGGAAAUGACUGUGUCUGAGGAUGAUUUCCACCUCAAGGGAGUGCCAGCGCAUGCCAUGGUAGUUAAGCCCCGAAAACCCGCCAGCCAGGUCCCCGUGGAAGGCAUGGUGAUUUUGCACCAGUUCCCAUUCUCCUCAGCCCUGCAGAGGAUGACAGUCAUUAUCCAAGAAGUGGGCGGUGACCGACUGGCAUUCAUGAAAGGCGCUCCAGAGAGGGUGGUCAGCUUUUGCCAACCCGAGACAGUGCCAACUAGUUUUAUUAGUGAACUUCAGAUUUACACGACACAGGGGUUCCGGGUGAUAGCGCUCGCCUACAAGAAUCUGGAAGCUGACCACCACACAUCUGCCUUAACGAGAGAGAAGGUAGAAUGUGACCUGGUAUUUCUGGGAUUACUGAUCUUGGAGAACCGACUGAAGGAAGAGACAAAACCUGUCUUGGAAGAGCUCAUCUCAGCACAGAUAAGGACUGUAAUGAUCACAGGUGACAAUCUUCAGACCGCGAUAACAGUGGCUAGAAAGUCUGGGAUGGUUUCUGAAAGCCAGAAAGUCAUUCUCAUUGAGGCAGAUGAAACCCCUGGAUCCUCAUCAGCAUCUAUAUCUUGGAAAUUAGUAGAAGAGAAGAAACACAUUGCAUGUGGAAAUCAGGACAAUUACAUUAACAUCAGGGAAGAAGCCCACGAUAAUGGCAAAGAAGGAAGUUACCAUUUUGCCCUAGAUGGAAAGUCCUUCCAAGUUAUAAAUCGCUAUUUCAGCAGCCUCCUGCCAAAGAUACUGAUCAAUGGGACAAUCUUUGCGAGAAUGUCUCCUGGGCAGAAAUCCAGUCUGGUGGAAGAAUUUCAGAAACUGGAUUACUUUGUAGGUAUGUGUGGAGAUGGCGCCAAUGACUGCGGGGCUUUGAAAAUGGCCCAUGUGGGGAUCUCUUUGUCAGAGCAGGAGGCGUCUGUGGCCUCACCUUUCACUUCCAAGACGCCGAAUAUUGAGUGCGUGCCUCACCUUAUCAAGGAAGGACGCGCGGCUCUCGUCACCUCAUUUUGCAUGUUUAAGUACAUGGCUCUGUACAGCAUGAUUCAGUAUGUUGGCGUUCUGCUGCUCUACUGGGAGACAAACAGCCUUUCAAAUUACCAGUUUCUGUUCCAGGAUCUGGCCAUCACAACCCUCAUUGGUGUGACAAUGAAUCUGAAUGGUGCCUAUCCCAAGCUGGUGCCUUUCAGACCUGCAGGAAGGCUGAUCUCCCCACCUCUGCUGCUCUCUGUCAUCCUCAACAUCCUUCUCAGCCUGGCCAUGCAUAUCGUGGGCUUUGUCCUGGUUCAGAAGCAGCCCUGGUACUCCAUGGAGUUGCACAGUCCCUGCACAGUGCAAAAUCAAAAUGCCUCAAAGUUAACCAUUUCUCCAACUGCUCCAGAAAAAACUGGAGCGAAUAGUCCCUAUACAAGUUUUGAGAACACUACUAUAUGGUUCUUGGGAACAAUCAACUGCAUUAUUGUGGCUCUUGUAUUCUCUAAAGGAAAACCAUUUAGGCAGCCCACCUAUACAAACUAUAUAUUUGUCCUUGUGGUGAUUAUACAGCUGGGCGUGUGUUUAUUCAUUCUAUUUGCCGAUAUUCCGGACAUGUACAGGCAUUUGGAUCUGCUCUGUACUCCUACCCUGUGGAGGGUCUACAUUGUCAUCAUGCUGAGCUCCAACUUCCUCGUGUCCCUGUUGGUGGAGGAGGCUAUUAUUGAAAACCGAGCUCUGUGGAUGGCAAUCAAAAGAUGUUUUGGCUAUCGAUCAAAAAGCCAGUAUCGGGUAUGGCAGAGGAACUUGGCAAAUGAUUCCAGCUGGCCCCCGCUCAACCAGGUCUCCUACUCUGAAGUGCCGGGGUGUGGCAGGGCAGUGUCCUACAGCAAUCCCGUGUUUGAGAGCAAUGAGGAACAGCUUUGAAGGAAGCAGUUGAUCCGACAGAGAAACAAGGGAAAAAGGACCUGACUGCAUGAUGUUAAAGCAAUGGGGCUCUUACAAUAUCACCUGGACUUUCAGGGCUGCCUAGCAAAUCACAGUGACAAAAUUAAAGUCUGUUUGAUAAAAUAUUUCCUAAGAGAAGAACACUGCCCCCAGAAGAGUGGUUUCCUCUUAGCUUCCAAAUGUAUUGGAGGAAGCUACUGAACCGUGAGCGGGCUAAGGACUGCAAUGGGCCAAGAAAUUGGGAAGCAAAGGGAGGAAAAUAUGUACUUUCUUUUUGUUUUUGUUUUACUUUGUUUUUUUUCAGUGCUGGGGAUUUGAGCAUGCUAAGCAAGCACACUGUAACCCAGAACCACACGGCCAGCCCAUGUAAUCUCUCAUUUUGGGAUAACCUUCUUUCUAAAUGAGUUGAGGGGAGUCAUACUAGGCAUAUGCAUAGAAUUGUAACAUGUUAAAGAUCGCUGUGAAACUUUUACUUCACUAAUGGAAAAUUAAUUCAUGGGAACCAUCACAUCAAGUUUCGCUGUCUGGUUUCCUUUCCUUGGUGGUACUUUUCAGGUUUGAGGCUUUUUCUUCUCUUUCUGUCCUUCCCUUGCAUAUUAUUAAGGAUAAACUCAGCCUAUGCUACAAUAACAAACUCUUAGCUCAGUGUCCUCACACACUAGAGUUUUCUUGCUCCAGGUUACUCCAGGACAGCUGUCCUCAGAGCAGCGAUUGCUUUGGUCUGAGGCUCCAUUACCUCAGCCCAAGAACUCUGUGUGUAGCACGGCAGGGAAGGAAGACACUGGAGACCACACGGAUGACCAAGUGACACCCUUGUCUGCCCCCGUUCUGAUCUCAUAGGCAGGGAUUUAGCCAAGGAGCUGGGACAUGCAGACUCUGGAAUGGAGGGCCGCUUCACAGGGAUGGGACCCGGGACUACAGUGGGUCUCCUGCUUACCAGGGCCUCACACAUGGUUUAAUGCUCUGCUCAUUCUGUUUUGCAAUUCUGAACAAAGGUAGCCACAUUUUUCAUUUUACAGCAGGUGCCACAGGUGUUACCAGGUACCAUGCGCACCACCAAGUAAAGAUGAUGGAGUUGUCUGGCUUGUAUUUUACACUAAGAAAGCAAAGUGGCGUAUUGAGGAGUGCUUGGGUUGUCUGCUGGUCUCUUCUCCUGACUCUGUGUUCUCCUAUGUUUCCUCUCAUCUCACAUGCCCAACUCCGGCUGUUUUCACGGAUGCUCAUGGGGAGGUGGGCUGCAGAGCAACAUCCCAACUCCUGGUAUGGUGUGGAGCUUCAGAUUUGGUGGCUUUGUGCCCUAGGAGGGAGCUCCUGAUGGAGCUAAGCAUCUAGCAAAGAUGCACAGAGUGAGGAGUCAUGAAUUCCAUAUGGACAGCUGGAGGAAUAUUUCAGAUGCAUGUAUUUUCUUAGAGAUUUUUGAAAAUUUUUGAGUGAAAAAGGAUGAGAAAGCAUCUUACAUGUAAGUGCAGAGCUACCUGCCACAAAUACUUUGCUGAGCAGGACUUGGAGGAAAAGAGGACAUAGUUUCAUAAUCCACAUUCCUUGGGGGAUCCCCUGUGUGCUGAGCCCCAGGUACCCAGCUCUUACAUACAGAGGCACCCUGACUAUGACCUCUGCCCUCUAGAUGUAAGGAUCAGAGAACAGGAUAACUCCGUGUUCUGAGGUGUUCAAAGAAGUGUGCCUUUACACACCGAGGAUGGGAAAGGGAUUAUUUAUUCAGAACCCUGUAUUUAGUUAACGUUAUAGUAAAUUAUUCUGCACAAAAGAGGCAGGUGAAGUCUAUAAUCCCAUUUUGUAAAAUCUACCUCUCUUUCUCUCUACAUCUCUCUUCUCUCUCUCUUCCUCCCUCUCUCCCCCCGCCCCCCUUACUCUAACAAAGUCGUAUGGUCUACUCUAGUAAUGUUGAAUCAAAAUAACAUCUUUACAAAAUUCCGGGCAUUUACUAACACUACAGAAGGCAUUUUUUCUUAUUUCCUGCUUUAUAUACAGGGCUUUACCAUUUACAAAUACUUUUAUACUCAUUCUUUCAUUUUAGCCUCAAAAUGAUUUUAGGAAGAAAGCAGGGCAAGGACAAUGAUCCUCCUGUUUUAAUGUGGUGCCAGACCCAUGUCUUGGCAACUUGGCAAGGACACAUAGCUAAUGGGCAGAGGAGAUGGCUCAGAUGCAGGUCCAUCAGCAAGUUCCCCUGCUGUGUCAUUCUUCAAUGUUGUUUUCUCCUAAAUGAAAAGUUUGUAGUACUGAGAAACAAGCCCACAGCAAGGCAGCUAUCUACUGCAAAUGCCACCAUGAGUAUAAUUUCCCCUGGAAAGAGUUUUUAGUUUCUCAUAGAAGUUCCCCUGAACCUGACCAUCAGUCACAUGAAAGGUUAACUCCCACAGCUGAGGGAGUAAAACCAUAAUACUAGAGUCCUGUGAGUCUAUUUCAUGUGAUCAGAUAAAGCUCUGGUUUCUGACUACAGCAUCCAGAAGUAGAAACUUGUAUUUCUGCUUGAAAUUUGUCUGGCCCCUGCUCUGUACAGCUUUCCAGAGUCGUAUAGAUUCUCUUUCGGCUUUCAACUAUGUUCCCUCCAUAUGCAUAAAAAAAUGGAAAGCUCCUGUCUCAUACAACAUUCAGUCUGCCUUUUGGUUUCCAUGAGACUUGUUAAAGUGACUAUGUAAACUUUACCAAUAAAAUGAUUUUUCUUCCAAACUGGACAAACAUACAAAUAAGGACAACAGGACACAGCUGGGCUGGAGGUGCUGGGAGUGAGUCCCCAAGGUUCCCAAACUCCCAGAGGCUAUGGUUUCCCCAGGAAGAUCAAAUUGGCUGCCUUCUCUGCCCUGAUGCUCUGCCCCUCCAGCCCUGUGCUCAAGGCUGAUUCCUACUUCAGAUUUCGGCUCAUUCACUGCUUCUUCCAAGGAGUCUUCCCUGACCACUUUAUCUCAUGUUGCCCUUCCCCACUAGCUUGGGUCAUUUCUUCAAUCUUACUUCUGCAGCUUUUCAGGUAAUCGAGGUUUGAAAGGAAUUGCUUGUGUAAGAUCACAUCCUUAGGAAAUUGGUGAGCUGAGUCUAAAACCUGGGACUACUGACUUCUAAAUCAAGGUUCUUUGUAGUCUUUAUCCCUGGCUAGAUUAGUGAACACAUUAGUGAAUCCACUGAGAAGAAGGAUGCAGAGCAUUAUAGAGCCUUAUGCAUGGUUGAAUGAAAAGCUCUCAAGGAGGCAUCCAGACGCUCACAGCUGUGUUUUCUUGUUCUCCCCUCUGUCUUGACUCCCCCUCCUCCAUGUGGCAGCUCCACGGACAUUCUGAUGAGUCACUGUCCUAUGAUAAAGGCUGACUUGGAGACUGCUGAGUUGGAAGUCAAGUUAAGGAUUGUUAGACUGCAGGGAGGCCUCACAUAGGUUGUGUGUGUUGCACUGUGCAGCCCCGGGAACACCAUCCACAUUGUAUUGUCAACCCAAAGUGGUGUCACCACAACACAGGUACACAGCGAAGAGGGCCUCCUGCCCAGUUUCCAGUCAGUUCUUCAGUCCCCAGAAGGACCCUUUCCCGGACAUGUCUCUCAUGCAGAACCUUCGGUUCUGCAGGCCCUUGGUUACCACCUGGUGAUUACAUGAGCUUCUUCACUGCUCUCCCUGGCUCAGGUCUCUCUUUUCUCUUUUCUUCUCAAGGUCUCUCUGAAUUCUAUCACCCAAAUCUGAUGUGAUGUCCCUGGUCAGAAAUCCUUAAUACUGCAUUCUAAAUGAUCUACCACAAGAAGUCCACGUUGCUUAGUAAGGAAUUCGAGUCCCUUUGCCCUGGCUACAUCUAGUCUCAACUCAGACUUUUCCCUUUUUGCAGUUUCCACUGCAGCAAUUAAACCUUCUAUUAUUGCUAUUUUUCUUCCAUGAUACUUUUGCUCAUGUAUUCUCUCUAUUGGGGCACCAAUCAUUCUUAUUCUUAUGUCCAUACAGCCAACACUUCCUAUUUCCCAAUAUCCAAUUAAAAUGCCACCCACUCUGUUAAGCCAAGAGGAAGAGCUCCUGCGCCUGCCUACCUACCACACUCUCCCCAGCCAUCUCGUGCAGCUCUUAAAACCUUGCAUUGCGGUCAUAUAGUGCUUCAACUGCCCUUGCCUCCCACCCACCUCACUUGGAUAGCGAAUACAUUUUUUGAAGGGAGGAUUGAGAGUGAGUCAUUUCAACUUCCUAUUCUGCACCUAGCACAGGGCCAUGCUUAGGGGCUCAGCAAGCAGCUGUGACAUGAUUGAAUAAAAAAUAUAAUCACUGGGAUAUCUCGUCGAUUUGUCUUCCUUUGUCUGUGAACAUCUGUUUUCUAUCCAAUACAAAGAAGCUUCACUCAAACAA